UUUUAAUUCGUUUUGGGUGGAUUUUUUGGGUAAAGUUGUCGAAUUUGUCGAUUUUAUAUCACGCGUAAUUAAAAUAAAAUCCUUUUCCAAUUGUAUCCUUAUGUAUCGAGACGAUUUGAAGUGAAAUCAAAUGACAUUCAAUGAAAUAUUAAAGUGUCGUGAAUUGUUAUGUGCUUAUUAAAUAUGUAUAGUUAAUGACGAUUUUAUGAAGAUAUUACAUAAACGGUAAUGUGAACUUGACAAAAGUUUUGAUUUUUUUCAUAUCCUCCGUACAAGCCUUAAUAAGCUCCGGUCAGCAAUUAAUAUUACAAUAUUCAACGAAUUAAUCGAAAACGAAAUGAUUAUGCAGACUCUGUACAUCCCAUCGAUCCCUUGUGUUUUAUAUUCAUUGACAAUAUUGUAAAAAGCAUGUAUUAAAUCUAUACGUAUAAUUAAUACAUAGUAUCAAAGCAAAUUCGAAAAAAAUUAGAUUGAAAUUCGUCGAUGUGAAAAUUGAGCUGGUUUACAAUCAACCAACUCAUUUCUUAGUGACUCGUCGACAAAAAGGAAGCAGACAUUUUUGAUGCAUUCAUUAAGUUGGACAACCCGUGUCAUUUCGCGAGCGUUGCGAAGUGGAUUUUCUACGUUGUUGGAGACGGCCAGCAAUGCAACAGCAAAUGUUAACAGUGCUUCGAAACAACGCCCGCACUUUGUAUCUGUAGUGUGUGGCUUUCCCAAAGACUUCCUUACCUCCAAAUAUAAGCCUGGCAAGUACGGCGAAGAUUCUUGGUUCAAGACGUCUACAAUUAAUGCAGAUGUUCUCGGUGUUGCUGAUGGCGUUGGUGGUUGGCGCAACUAUGGAAUCGAUCCCGGUGAAUUUAGUUCUUUUCUGAUGAAGACUUGUGAACGUCUAGUCCAUUGUGUUAAUUUUAAUCCUCAACGACCUGUUAAUCUCUUAGCUUAUAGUUAUUGUGAAUUGCUAGAACAAAAGAAGCCCAUUUUAGGCAGCAGCACCGCAUGUGUACUCGUGUUGAACCGUGAAAAUAGUACCGUUUACACCGCGAAUAUCGGUGAUAGUGGUUUUAUGGUGGUGCGUCAAGGUGAAAUCAUCCACAAAUCCGAAGAGCAACAACAUUAUUUUAAUACACCAUUUCAAUUGUCUCUACCGCCACCGGGACAUGGUCACAACGUACUGAGCGAUAGUCCCGAUUCAGCGGAUACACUUAGUUUUUCGGUGAAGGAAGGCGAUGUCAUACUUGUGGCUACCGAUGGUGUCUUUGACAAUGUCCCUGAGCGUUUGCUGCUCGACGUACUCAAGGAGUGCGAGGGCGUAACCGAUCCUGUGAAACUGCAGAUGACCGCCAACUCAUUAGCGUUGAUGGCACGCUCAUUAUCUUUCGACAGCGAAUUUAUGUCGCCUUUUGCAAUUAAUGCCCGACGAAAUAAUAUUAAUGCAACAGGUGGUAAACCUGACGAUAUAACUGUGGUACUCGCAACUGUAGCAAUGUGAAAUUAAGUUAAUUUUAGUUUUAAUUUGUUAAACGUGUAAAUCUUCUCGUUUUUUUGCGCCUUUUAAAGGUUGGCGCUGUGCAGCGGAGCUGCUUUGUGCUGUGCUUUUGCUGUCGACAGAUCUCACAGUCACGUGUGGUGGAAUAAGAGAUCUGGCAGGCAGUCGCAUGUUUGGUCAGUGUCAGUGUCAGUGUCAGGAACUAUAUUGUGACACAUUUGCACGUAUGUGAUCCACUUCCUAUUACAAUAACCACAAAAACGUAAAAACAUGAACAUCUGCGAUGCUAAAUGAUUAUUACUACUAAUUUUACCUCUACUCGUAUGGCUUAAUGAUAAGUUAUCUAUUUUUAGUUUAGUUCAUUUGUGAAUAUUCGUGUGCGAGUUUUUUUUAUAGUUUUAUCGAUUCCUUAGUGCUUAUUUCGCUAUUAAGUGUAAACAGUUUUAACUAGAACUACAUUACAGUGUUAUUGUACGGCUUAGCUAUGAUAAAUCUUAUAUUAACGCGAUCUUAAACUUCUCUCAUUGAUUUGAAAAUUGUAUGAGAAACAUAAACGAAAUUUUCACUUUUGUGCUAAUAUUUAUAUAAUUUAUAUUAUGUAUAUUUGUUGUAUAUGUAGGUCUGUUACGUCAUUAGGCAUAUAGUUUGUAUCCAAUAAUGAGACGUGCUUUUCGUCAACAAACAAUGUAUACCCACAGAACAAAUAAAUUAUACUUAAUUAAUCAUAAAUAGAAAUUCAAAAUAUUACAACAAUCAUGGAUUUGCACUUUCAAAUAUUUUAUUAUUAUAUAACUCGAUGCUGUAAGAAAAUGUAAAUCUCAACAAUAAACUUCACCUACUCAUUGUUUUGUGAUGUGGAUUCAGUGAACGGACCAAAUAUUUUCAAAAUGUAUCAUCCUUAAUACGUUUUACAUAUAAUUGAAUUACAUGCGAUAAUAUACAAUUGAACGAAAUAACCGAAGUAUUUAAGAGCUAAUGCUGAUAAAUUAUUGUGUAGUUGUAGGAUGUUACUGAAGCGAAUUCAUAAUUGAAUGAAAAAAUAUAUUGAUUACUAAAUUCGAAA